AGUAUAGAUACUGGAUGGAUGGAUGGAUUUCAAAAGUGCAACCGCUUUUAGUCUAGAUCCGCUCCUGCUACUUCACAGACAGACGUCACACAUGCCCACCAAUCGCCUCCUGUGUUUGUCUUGCAGCGCUUAUAAACCAGGACAGCUCCACACUGCAGCAGUUUGUCCCACCGGUUAAGGUGCCGUGAACUUUACUCUACGCUUUAACGUUUCUGCAGUGUAGUUUUGAGUUUCUUUUUGGACUGUCCCAUCAUGCGUCUCCGCUUCGUCCUGUGCGUAAUGGUCCUGCUGGCUUCUUCUUGCUUGGUCGCCAAGGCGCGGAUAGCAAAGCGCUUCGCAAUCGGCUGCCCGGAGAAGUGUGACAAGUCACAGUGCGCACCGAUCCCUGCUGACUGCCUGGCUGGCGACGUGCUAGACCGCUGCGACUGCUGCCCGGUGUGCGCGUCCGGAGAGGGCGAGAAGUGCGGCGGCACUGGAGACCGCGAGUGCGCAGAGGGCAUGGAGUGUGUGGUGACUGACGGGGCCACCGUCAGGCGGAGGAGCAAGGCUGGCGUGUGCUUAUGCGCCAGGACCGAGCCGGUGUGCGGCAGCGACGGCGUCUCGUACCAGAACAUCUGCGAGCUGAAGCGCGUCAGCAACCGGGCGAUGAAGCUGCAGCAGCCUCCAGUUAUUUUCAUCCAGAGAGGAGCCUGCGGUAAAGCUCAGCAGAACCCUGACAGUCUACGUUACAAGUAUAACUUCAUCGCUGAUGUUGUGGAGAAGAUCGCACCUGCUGUUGUUCAUAUUGAACUGUACCGCAAGAUGAUAUUUUCUAAGCGGGAGGUGGCAGUGGCCAGCGGCUCUGGGUUCGUCGUGUCAGAAGACGGACUCAUUGUCACCAACGCUCACGUGGUGGCCAACAAGCACAGAGUAAAGGUGGAGCUGAAGAGCGGGGCCACAUUCGACGCCAAGAUCAAAGAUGUGGAUGAGAAGGCGGACAUCGCUCUGAUCAAGAUCGAUGCCCCGAUGAAGCUGCCAGUGCUGCUACGCCUACGGCCUGUUGAGUUCGUGGUGGCCAUCGGCAGCCCGUUCUCCCUGCAGAACACCGUCACCACCGGUAUCGUCAGCACCACCCAGAGGGGCGGCAAGGAGCUGGGUCUCCGUAACUCCGACAUGGACUACAUUCAGACCGACGCCAUCAUCAAUUACGGCAACUCAGGAGGGCCACUAGUCAAUCUGGAUGGAGAGGUGAUUGGAAUCAACACUCUGAAGGUCACGGCUGGAAUCUCCUUCGCCAUCCCCUCAGACAAGAUCAAACAGUUUCUGGCUGAGUCGCACGAUCGACAGGCCAAAGGUAGAACGUCCCAGAAGAAGAAAUACAUUGGGGUUAGAAUGAUGAGUCUCACUUCACAGCUGGCUAAGGAGCUGAAAGAGAGGCAGUCUGACUUUCCAGAUGUCACCUCUGGGGCGUACGUCAUUGAGGUCAUCAGCCAGACUCCAGCUGAGGCUGCCGGCCUACAGGAGAGUGAUGUCAUCAUCAGCAUCAAUGGCGAGCCAGUGGCCUCAGCCAGUGACGUCAGCGCUGCCAUAAGACAGGGCGAGAAGCUGCGAACGGUGGUGAGGCGAGGAAAUGAGGAUGUCAUCCUCACCAUCAUCCCUGAGGAGGUCGAGCCUUGACCUCGCAGCUCGCUGAACCACCAGUCAGCUCAACAGCCUGACCAGUCGACCAAUCCCGAGCUGGCUCAGUGUUUUUCAACCAAUUAUGAACACUUUGAAAAACCAAGCAACCAAUAAGGGCGUGUGUGUCUGGGGCCAUACCUACUGCAUUUAAGAACUUGUUUUAAGUUAAGUUUUAGUGCUACUAUUCUGUUCUUGCUCACAGCUUCAUAGGCCCAGCUCCAAUACCCUGGGAGGUGAAGCCUCAACCCUGUUCUUGCACUGCUUAUAUUAGUUCACACUUUUCUCCUACUCUGUCUUUCCAUCAUCAGAGCCCUCGAUAUCCUACUAACACAGUCUGUCGCUACCUAGCGGUUCCUGCAAGUGACUGUGGUUUCGUUGUGUUCGUCAUGUUCUUGAUGGAAUAUUUUUAAUAGUAUUUUGGACUCUGUGUGUUUGAUGACAAUUUAAAAAAAUGGAAUAAAAUUAUUUU